AAUGCGCAAAAACGCCGGAAUAACGUUUGAUUGGCGAUGAUGGAUGAAAACCUUUUUCUGUCGCGUGCAGCACUGCCAGCACAACAAGCAUUUUGUAAAGCCGCGUGCCGAAGCGCAGAGCUGUCAUUUUGUGUUUAACGAGCGGUUGUUAACUGUAGAGUAGCAUUCUGUCAUGUAUAACUUUGUCAUUGUGUCGGUAUCUCGGUAGCUCACACUUCAACACUGGACGGCUGUGGGAAAGUUCCUUAUUUUGGACACUUUGAACCAAUCACUGGAAGGUUAAAGUUAAUUUAACCAAUGGCAACACUGGAGGAGCUGAAGCCAGAUCUCUUAUACUUUUGAACUUGAAUGAAACGAGAGCCUCCUGCUCUCACUCCACCACACACCAGCACGUUUGGAAGCAGAGCUGCAAUGGCCAAGUGGCUGAAAGACUACCUGAGCUUUGGCAGCAGGAAGGUGCCUCCGCAGCCGCCCACACCAGACUACACAGAGAGCGAGAUCCUUAAAGCCUACCGGCUCCAGAGGGACCUGGACUUCGAGGAUCCCUACGAGGACUUAGAAAACAGGUCCAGGGGCGACUCUGUGACUUCUGACCCCGCUACACCUGUGUAUGGGUCUCCCAUGAAGUCAUCCAGUGUGGAUGGAAAAUCUCCCAAACACAGACUGAUCAAAGUGGACUCCCAGGAGCUGGGGCGUACCAAGAUCCUCCUCAGUGCUGUCUCUUUAGAGGACCAGCAAGAGCCUGUGGUGCCGUCUGCUCCGUUGGCAGGCGACACCGAUUAUUCGGACCCAUUCGAUGCUCGCUUGGACCACAGGCCAGAACCAGAUCUCAGACCUGUUCCCUGCGAGAAUAAUGGCUACAUGGAACCGUAUGAGGCCCAGAGGGUCAUAACAGAGCUGCAGCGAGGAGGAGGAGGAGGAGGAGGAGGAUGGUCACGGAGUGGGGUGCAGCUCUACGACACCCCCUAUGAAGAUGUGCGAGGCCAGCGCCUGGGACUGUUGUAUGGAGAACCUCAGGAGGAGGGCAAGGAGAGCAGCAGGCUGCCGCAAGAUGAUGAGAGACCGGCUGACGAGUAUGACCAGCCAUGGGAAUGGAAAAAGGAUCACAUAUCCAAAGCUUUUGCAGUGCAGUUUGAUGGCGCGGAGUGGGACCGCUCCUCGUCCCCCACUGAGCGGUUGCGUCCUCCGGGGCCCAGGUCCAGCCCGCUGGCAGGAGGGGGAAUGAAGUUUCGAAUGCCGCAGGAAGGCCUCGCCUUGGUUGGGGAGAGAGUGGACCCUACGCUGCCUCUGGAGAAGCAGGUAUGGUACCACGGUUCACUGUCGCGUUUGGAGGCAGAGUCGCUGCUAAUGCUGUGUAAAGAGUGUAGCUACCUGGUGAGAAACAGUCAGACCAACCGCUCUGACUACUCCCUGUCCUUACGGAGCUGCCAGGGUUUCAUGCACAUGAAGUUCACCCAGUACAAAGAUGGCAAGUACGUGCUGGGACAGAACAGCCCUCCCUUUGACACCAUCCCAGAAGUCGUCCACUUCUACACCACACACAAACUCCCGAUCCGAGGUGCCGAGCAUCUGUCUCUGCUGUUCCCCGUGCUGGUGCAGACACUCUGACGCUCCUCCUGGACUUCCAGGACGUCAUUGUGAUCGGACACGUUAACACUUGAAUGUUUGAUGGGAAUCUUCCCAGCGGAGAGAGACAGUUCUCGCUUCUUGUUGGACUGGACUACUUGAUGAUUCUACACACCAGGGGCUAAUGUCAUAACCCACCACUGCUGUUGUACCUGUGCCAAGUGUCUCUAACAUCCGGGGGAUCGAUUCACAUGAAAUGCAGUACCUGAACUUGAGGCUACCUUUGCUGUAACUCUUCUCUCUCAUCUCACUCUCGCUGAACCGAAGGGGCAAACUUCAGGACAUGUGAAAUUCUCCCUUUCUUUAUUACAUUUCUUACACAGCUGACUGAAAUGCAGAGGAAGUUAGCAGAGCUGUACCUGGGAGAAAGUCUGUAUAUUGUGAAUGUACUGAUGCUCCAGGAGACAUGCAGGAGAUUUAGAUUUAAUUACUGCUGUUCCACAAACAAAAAAAAACACCUCAUUAAAAAUAUUGCUGUUAGGUGAAAACCUUGCGAGUCAUAGUUUGCAGAUUUUUCAUGUUUAUAUGAAUCAAUAAAAUCAAUUGUACUGUAUAAGAUAAGAAACCUUUUUCAUCCUCUGGCUUGGGAGGCUCUGUUGUAAAUGUUGGAAAAUUCACAUUUUCAAUUAAAAAACACACAAAACAAUGCUAUUUUCAAAGAUAUAAGGUUUUUACUAAGAGCAGUUAUAUUUCAGAUGCUUCUACACAAAGCCACACCUGCUCAUUUUCGCUCAGUCUGUCAUGCUGCUGUACGUCGAGGAUCUGCUUGACACAUCUCCAUGUUACUUGUUGAUUGUCCAUCAACAGAGAACUUGUGUUGUAUUGGUACUUGUGUUGACCUUGUUGACCUGUAUUUGUUGUUGGUUGCUUACCUUGCAUUUGGUAGACAAUGCUGGGUUUGUAAAAAAAAAAAAAAAAAAAAAAGAACCUGUCACUGCUGUGAUUGUCUUUUCACGCUUGGAAGCUGAGCUGUAGGCUACAUCUGAAGCAAAGAAUCAGGAAACACUGAACACUCUCAAACAAACUCUCAAACUUUGUAACUGUUGGCAAUUUCUCACACUUCCUACAUAUUUGAGCACAGAUUUUCGGCUAGCCAAGUCACUACUUGCUGGUUGGUGAGUUGUAUUUGAGUUAAAUGCUUGCCAUCUGGAAUGGGUUCCCAUGUCUGCUGCCUGGUUGCAGCAUUGUGCGGCAAAAACAGAUUUUAGAGGAGAGCCAACAUCUACCAAACACAUUUGUGACCAUUGGAAAUUAUUUAAAUCAUUCCUGCUUAAUCUGAAAUUGACUGGGUUGUAUUCAUUAUUAUUUUGGGCAGUUUCUGUCAAAAAUAAAAGAUGAUGGGAUGUUUAAUUUA